ACCAUAACAUUUUUAGUUGUAGGAAAACUAGCCGUUAUACCUUUUUAUUAUUACCUGUCUUGUGAAUCUGACUACACCUGACACUCUUUCAUGUCUCCCAAUAAAACUCCUCACAGUUUUUGCUCUAUGUGCUUCCACUUCACGUGGAACUUCAGCUCCUCAUACUACAAAAUCUUCUUCUUCUACUACUGUUUAGUUUCAAAUUAGGGAGAGAAAAAAAAAGUAUCUUUAUUCAAAUGGGAGAUCAAGAUCCAAGUUUUCCUAGUUUUGAACCAUACCCUUUUCAAAGAGGAGCUGGGAGAGGCAUAAUUUCUUAUACCCCAUUGAGAUUGAGGUGUUCAAAAAGGUUCUUUAUAUUUGCCCAGCUUUUCUUGUUACUAAUUUCUGGAAUUCAGCCAGCUUCAGGUCAAGAUUGGGACGGGAUAAUUAUCACUGCAGCAGAUUUCCAAGCACUUCAAGCCUUUAAGCAAGAGUUGGUUGAUCCAAAAGGGUUCUUGAAAAGCUGGAAUGACAGUGGAUUUGGAGCUUGUUCAGGUGGUUGGCUUGGUAUUAAAUGUGCUCAAGGACAAGUCAUUGUAAUCCAGCUUCCAUGGAGAGGUCUAGGUGGAAGAAUUACAGAAAGAAUUGGACAGUUUCAAUCUCUUAGAAAACUCAGCCUACAUGAUAAUGUUAUUGGUGGUUCAAUUCCUUCUACUUUGGGACUCAUACCCAAUCUUAGAGGACUUCAACUCUUCAACAAUAGGUUCUCUGGUUCUAUUCCCGCUUCUCUUGGUUUAUGCCCUCUUCUUCAAACACUUGAUCUCAGCAAUAACUCAUUCUCUGGUACAAUUCCAACUAGUCUUGUCAAUCCAACUAAGCUUUAUAGGCUUAAUCUUAGCCACAAUUCUUUGUCUGGUUCAAUCCCCACAAGUCUCACACAAUCUCCCUCACUCAUAUUUCUUCACCUCCAGUAUAACAAUCUUUCAGGCUCAAUACCAGACACUUGGGAUGGAAAUGGGAAAAGACUCUUCCAAAUCCAGUCUCUUACACUUGACCACAACAACUUCUCUGGAAGUAUUCCUGAUUCCUUAGGAAACUUGAAUGAACUUGUUGAGCUUUCACUUGGUCAUAAUCAUUUGACUGGAGUUAUCCCAAGUCAUAUUGGGAGUCUCUCUAGGCUUACAACACUUGAUUUGUCUUACAAUGCCAUUAAUGGAAGCUUGCCUGAUACCUUCUUCAAUCUAUCCUCACUAGUCGUCUUGAACUUGGAAAGGAACCAACUUGACAACCAAAUCCCAGCAGGCAUAAUAAACAAAUUGCAAAAACUCUCAAUUCUCAACUUGAGGAGUAACCACUUUAGUGGUGAUAUUCCAGUCACUAUAGGGAACAUCUCUGCUCUUAGACAACUAGAUUUAGCUCAUAACAAUUUAAGUGGAGAAAUUCCAGCUUCUUUAGAUAAUUUACCAAAUCUUAGUGCUUUAAAUGUCUCCUAUAAUAAUCUCUCUGGUCCUGUUCCGACUCAUCUCGCUCGGAAAUUCAACUCGAGUGUCUUUGUGGGUAAUCUUCAGCUAUGUGGUUACAGUGCAUCAACCCCAUGUCCAAUCUCUCCAGUUAGCCCAUCCCCCGAAACACCAAAAAAACGAGGUCGUAAACUAAGUACUAAGGACAUCAUUCUCAUAGCAGGAGGGGCACUUCUCAUAAUCUUGUUUCUGCUAUGUUGCAUUCUCCUAUGCUGCUUGAUCAGGAAAAGAUCUGCGGCUAAAGCAGGGAAGGAUGGCCAAGCCACCAGCAGGGCGGUCACAGCAGCUAGAGGUGAAAAGGGUGUUCCACCAACUGCUGGAGAAGUUGAAGCAGCAGGAGGAGAUACAGGAGGAAAGCUUGUCCAUUUUGAUGGACCUAUUGUGUUCACAGCAGAUGAUCUUCUUUGUGCAACCGCCGAAAUAAUGGGAAAGAGCACUUAUGGUACGGUGUACAAGGCCACGUUAGAGGAUGGUGAUCAAGUUGCUGUGAAAAGAUUGAGAGAGAAGAUCACAAGAGGUCAAAAGGAAUUCGAGAAUGAAGUCAAUAUUCUUGGCAAGAUCAGGCAUCCAAAUCUUCUGGCCCUUAGAGCAUAUUACAUGGGUCCCAAAGGAGAGAAACUUCUUGUUUUUGACUACAUGCCUAAGGGAAGUCUGGCAACUUUUCUUCAUGCUCGCGGUCCUGAUACACCGAUUGAUUGGGCAACAAGGAUGAGAAUAGCAAAGGGUACAGCAAGGGGAUUGCUCUUCCUUCAUACAAAUGCCAACAUCAUUCACGGGAAUCUUACAUCCAGCAAUGUUUUACUUGAUGACAACACAAAUGCAAAGAUAGCAGAUUAUGGUCUUUCGCGCCUUAUGACUGCUGCUGCAAAUGCAAAUGUGAUUGCAACUGCUGGAGCACUGGGCUAUCGGGCACCUGAACUUUCAAAACUCAAAAAGGCAAACACAAAGACAGAUGUAUACGGCCUUGGUGUUAUUAUACUGGAACUUCUAACUGGGAAGUCGCCAGGAGAAGCAAUGAAUGGUGUGGAUUUGCCUCAAUGGGUUGCAUCAAUUGUAAAAGAGGAGUGGACUAAUGAGGUAUUUGAUUUAGAACUAAUGCGGGAUGCAUCCGUUAUCGGUGAUGAAUUAUUGAAUACCCUGAAAUUGGCUUUGCACUGUGUUGAUCCGUCACCAUCAGCUAGACCAGAAGUUCAGCAAGUUCUCCAGCAACUAGAAGAAAUUAGACCUGAAACCGCUACCACUUCUGGGGAUGACGGUGCUGCAGCUCCCUCAGCUAGCGAUGACAAGAUAUUAGAUUUCUCAUCUAAGUAAUUUUUAGGCAGGUGUUCUAGGAGUUAGGUGCCACGAUUCUUUCAUUCUUGAAUUAGGUUGGUCAAGAGAGUGAUUUUGUUCUUCUACUGUUUGUAGAUACCCAAGUAUGCGCUAUUUUGAGCAGCAAUGGAAUCUUCCUAAUUUCCAUAA